AUGGUUGGGCCGCACUUCAAGUUCACAAGGACUUCUCUCAAACUUUCAACACCACUUCAGUCCAGCUGCGUCGCACGCGGGAAUUUUUCAAGUAAUUGCGGUUCAUGCUGUGGCAAAAGCACUCUGACGGCACAUUCAAUAACCGUUGCUGUUAUUUCAUUCUAUCAACAGAGCCAUGAAGCCAAAGAAGCGAACAGCCACGGCGGGCUAGUCGAUAGGGCAAACCCCGAUCCCAGCAAAUGUUUGGGGGUAUUUGGCCUAAGCUUGGAGACCACAGCGCGAGACCUGAGGCACGUGUUUUCACAGUACGGUCGUCUGACUGGUGUCAACGUGGUGUUCCACCAGCGCUCGGGCCGCUCGCGAGGAUAUGCCUUCGUUUACUUUGAGAGACUGGAAGAUUCAAAGGAGGCAAUGGAGAGAGCCAACGGUAUGGAGAUCGACGGGAGGGUAAUCAGAGUAGAUUACUCCAUUACCAAGCGUGCCCACACCCCCACACCUGGAAUUUACAUGGGUAAACAAUCUAUGUAA